AGACAAUAAAUACAACGUGAAAUCCUUUCGCAUAACCGUCUCGACAUUUGGCGCCAAAUGUCAAAUAUGAAAAUAAUAUACGAUUUGAAAGUGUAGUAUGCUACAUUCCUCUUCAGUUUUCACUCGUGGGGCCCAAAUUUUACACUGAUGAGUCAAACAAGUAAUGCAAGCUGGCGUGGCCAGGGUAAUGGAUGGAGAGGUCAAGGGCGUGGAUGGAGAGGUCAAGGCUGGAGGGGUCAAGGUUGGAGAGGUCAAGGUUGGAAACGAGGUGGUGGGCAAGGAGGUCAAGGACAAUUUCAGAAUAACAGAGGCAGAGGUGCAGGUGCUGGGAUGAUGCCAGACCCAGUUCCUGGCCCAGCUAGAAGACCUACCAUGGUUCAGACAAAGAUUGACGUAGCUACUCCUUACAUGGGCUGGAAAUUGUAUUUUCCAGAUGAAGUUUACAGUGAGAAUUCAGGGACUGUUAAAACAGUUCAAGUAUUUGAGAAGUAUUUUCUCAGCUGGAUAAAGACAUACAAUAUGGAUGAUAUUGAGAUGAAAGGAAGUUUCACCGUGGAUUUCAAACAGUUGGCAGAGGACAAAGCUAUUUGUGACUGCCUGCCUGAUCUACAGACAGAGAUGCGAGAGAAGCCACAGAAAAUUCUGCCAUGCCUGGGACUGGCCAUGCAUCAGCAUGUAAGCCACAAGAGACUUCAGGAAGCUAGAGUAGCUGCCCUUGAUAAUGGGACGGAAAUCACGCCUGAGGACUACUUUGUGCCCUUGAUAAACCCCAGAAUUGUUAACUUUAGCAAUCCUGUGCCUUUGAAAAAUCUAAAAGCAAAUUACUACGGGAAGUUUGUUUCGGUAAAGGGCACAGUGGUUCGAGUUAGCAACAUCAAGCCUUUGUGUACAGUCAUGGCAUUCGAGUGCAACAGCUGUGGAGAAACCAUGAUGUUCCCUAUGCUGCUUCUCAUUCUGGAGGGGUUCUACCCACAUUGUGGUGGGGGAAGGUGUCGUGGGAAGCUGUUCCAGCCACUGAGAAGUUCCAAUCUGACUGAGACCAUCGACUGGCAAACCAUCAGGCUACAAGAAAUCAUGGGAGAUGAUCAGAAGGAGGCUGGUCGUAUCCCUCGUACCAUCGACUGUGAGCUCAUCAGUGACCUUGUGGACAGCUGUGUUCCUGGUGACAUUGUCACAGUGUCUGGCAUUGUCAAGGUCAAUAGUGUUGAUGAAGGUCGCGCUAGAAACAAGGACAAGUGCAUGUUCUUGUUGUACAUCCACGCAAACUCAGUGAAUAACAGCAAGGGUAGCAGCAAAACUGGAAAUGAUGGGCUGGCCAUGGACUUUACUAUGAAGGAGCUGUAUGGCAUAGAGAUGAUACAGAGUGAAGAACAGCUGUUCAGGCUGCUAGUAGGGUCUCUUUGUCCCAGUAUUUAUGGACAUGAGUUGGUGAAAGCUGGACUGGUAUUGGGACUCUUUGGAGGCACACACAAGUUUUCAAACGAUAAGAAUCGUAUCCCAGUGCGAGGUGAUCCUCACCUGCUGAUUGUUGGAGACCCAGGCCUGGGUAAAUCACAGAUGUUGCAGGCAGCUGCCAACAUUGCACCAAGAAGCGUUUAUGUGUGUGGAAAUACAACAACAACCUCAGGUCUAACUGUGACCCUGUCCAAGGACGGAGGCUCAGGUGACUACGCCCUGGAGGCCGGUGCCCUUGUACUGGCAGACCAGGGCUGCUGCUGCAUUGAUGAGUUUGACAAGAUGUCUAGCCAGCACCAGGCUCUCCUGGAAGCUAUGGAGCAGCAGUGUAUAAGCAUAGCCAAGGCUGGUAUUGUCUGCAGCCUUCCAGCUAGGACUUCCAUUCUGGCAGCAGCAAACCCUGUUGGUGGUCACUACAACAAGGCAAAGACAGUUUCAGAAAACCUCAAGAUGGGUUCAGCCCUGCUCUCGAGGUUCGAUCUAGUGUUCAUUCUACUGGACAAGCCAGACGAGGCCAUGGACAGCAUGUUGUCAGAGCAUGUCAUGUCCCUGCACGCCAGGCAUAACAGGAUGCAAGCUAAACCAUGGGGUUCAGUUGAUGGCAGCCUGAACGAGUCCCUAUUGCUGUUGGAGUCAGAUCGGCCCCUCAGUGAGAGACUCAAGGUGCCUAGGGGUCAGCCCUUUGACCCCAUCCCUGUGCAGCUCCUCAGAAAGUAUGUUGGCUAUGCCAGGAAAUAUGUCCACCCCAAGAUAGGCCCAGAGGCAGCGAAGGCCAUUCAGACAUUCUACCUGCAGUUGCGCCGGCAGCAUCAGACUCAGGACAGCACGCCAAUCACCACGCGGCAACUUGAGUCUCUGAUACGUCUCACAGAGGCACGGGCAAGGCUCGAACUGCGAGAGCUCGCUACCAAGGAGGAUGCAGAGGAUGUUAUAGAAAUCAUGAAGUACAGCAUGGUGGACACGUAUUCAGACCAGUAUGGUGGCCUGGACUUCAAGAGAUCACAGCAUGGCUCGGGCAUGAGUGGCAGAUCACAGCCCAAGAGGUUUAUAGCAGCUCUUCAGAAGAUCUCUGAUCAGACUUACAACUCAAUCUUUACCAUACAACAGAUGCAGCAGAUUGCAAAGGAUAUGGGUAUGACAAUACCAGACUUCGGUUCCUUCAUCAGUUCACUGAACAACCAAGGGUUUCUGUUGAAGAAAGGCCCCAAGGUUUAUCAGCUGCAGACAGCAGACUAUUGAGUGAUCAACAUUUUUUUAGUAUUUGGAGCAAGGUUAUCAUGACAGGAUUUAUGUGAUGUAUGGGAAAAUGGGCCUUAAUUCAUAUGCAUAGUCAGGGCCUAUGCUUUUGGCUAGUUAGUCAUGCAAGGUUAUGUGGGGACAGAGUAGCUCCUUGAAUACUGCAUUGAUGCUCUGGCUUGUCUGUAGCUACGCUUGCAACAUAAAGCGUAAGACCAAUUUUUACAUGAUUUUGCUCAUAUGUACAAAAGUAUUUCUGCCUUUUCCUGGUAUAUAACGUGCUUAUUUCAGAAAUUGUGUGAUACAGUGGCGAAAUUAUUAGAAUGCAUUCUAUAGUUACAUGAACAUAUAUUAUUGUUUUUGAUACCAGUCAGCUGAUUUCAAAACUAUGAGUGAAUUUUAAAGUGCUGAAAAUUGGAAAGCCUCGCAAGUUUUUGUACACUUGCAUAACAAGUGCAUGUUUUUAUCACAUGUGUGUAUACAUUAUCUAUUAUUAAUGAUUUACAGUAUAUUGUUAGUUUAUCCCUAGUUUAUUGUUGUUAAAUAAAUGCAAUAGACAAGUU